GCUGGCAGAUUCAAUCGAAUCUGAGCUUCUGAAUAUGGAUUUGAGGUUUUUCGGAGGGAAAUCGCUUCCCGAGCACUCCGCAGCCAAGAAGUCCUUGUAUAUCCAUGGUCCCAAAGUCCUACAGCUAGUUUCUGUAAGGGACAUAAGUCAAAGUGUCAUUGAUUCUUCAUUUAGGAGUUCGCCGCAUCUGCAUCGUAUCCUUAGAUUUGUUCUCACUGAUGGGCAGUCUGAAACAAUUGGAAUAGAAUAUAAACCAAUUCCAAGCAUCACAGAGGAGAUCAUUCCUGGCUGUAAGGUCCGUCUAGAGAAUAAAAUUUCCGUGCACCAUGGUAUACUAUGUUUGAACGUUGGAUCUCUUAGAAUAAUGGGAGGACUUGUUCAAUCUCUUUGUGACGAGUGGCAGAUGAGCCGGAAAUACUCUGGUUUCUCUCGUUCAUUGAUGAGAUUGUCCCAAAAUGAUGAAGGCCCUGGACCUCCUCCAUUUGAGAAGUUGCGAAUUGAACCAUUUCCAAGAAAGUUUUCUCACGUCAGCAGUUCACAUCGUGGAAAAGACGAGGCUUUUGAGGAUCCAAAGCUUGUUUCCUCAGGAAUAAAAAACGAGGGGAAAACUUCUAGUGUGGAAGUUAGGACUAAAGAAGUAAUUGAAGCUGUUCCUGUACAAAACCAAGUUGCUGCACAGAAACUCUUGCAGAAAAUGGUUCAGCCAAUGCAUGAAGGAAGAGAUCCUAGGGGUCAUAAAGCCAGAUUUAAGGGUAAGCAAGAAGUGGCGCCAGUCUUUACUCUUGAUGAAUGGGAAAGGAGGAAAGCGAGCUCGUCAAAGGCAAUAGGGAUGACUAAUCUUCAAAAUAUUAAUGGUGAUGAGGAGCUCGCACGACAGCUUCAGAGCCAAUUAGAUAUGGAAGAUUAUCAGAACAAUCAAGGGAAUGUGGAAUACGAAGCUGAUCAAAUACGAAUGAGUAUGUUCAACUUUGGUGGAGCUGAAGAAAGGAAUGAUGGAAGAGGUGAUUUCAGACGAGGAAGGGGGAGGGGAAGGGGCAGGGGAAGUGGAAGAAAAAGAUUUGGCUGAUUGUUUUGAGCUUUUUUCAAGCAGUUGAUCUCCAUUUCUUAUUUUCUGCUGUUUCAUGAUUCAACCAUCUCCGGUGCUUGCUUCUCUCUUGUGGUCACGUGCUUUGGGGUUUUGUGAUCCUCCUGAGAUUGGUUAAUGUACAUUUCUAGAGCGAUGGGUUAUUGGACAGUGUUCAUUUUCGUACAUGUAUUUUUUAAAUUUUUGUUAAGAUUUUACCAUUAUUCACUUUAUUUGUGCUGAAUUUCCAGACAUGUUCAAAUCGCAAUAAAAUCCUAUGGUGUUUGGGUAUCC